AUGAAGUUCCUCAAGGUCGGACGCGUUGUCAUCAUCACCCGGGGCCGCUAUGCCGGAAAGAAGUGUGUGAUCAUUUCUCCCCUUGACAACGGCACCAAGUCGCACCCCUUCCCCCACGCCCUCGUUGCCGGUAUCGAGACCUACCCAUCCAAGGUCACCCGCCGCAUGUCAAAGACCAAGCAGGCCAAGAAGAGCAAGGUCAAGCCUUUCGUCAAGCAGGUCAACUACACUCACAUCAUGCCCACCCGCUACACCAUUGAGCUCGAGAACCUCAAGGGCGUCAUCUCUGCCGACACAUUCAAGGAGGUCUCGCAACGGGAGGAGGCCAAGAAGACCGUCAAGAAAGCAUUCGAGGAGCGAUACCAGUCCGGAAAGAACCGAUGGUUCUUCACUCCCUUACAGUUCUAA